AUGGACAAAAAUGCACUUUCAGCUAUGCUUCUCUUCAUCAUAAUAUUUUUGGUGCUAUCUACACCCAGUAAAGGUUCAGAUCCUUUCUACACAGAUUGUUCAAAUGGUACAUCUACUAGUAACGAUUCUCUCGACAGCUUAUUUGAAAACAACCUCAAUCUGUUGCUUGAGAACUUAACUUCCAUAACUCCAUUAACGGGUUUCUACAACACUUCUAUUGGAGAAAACCCUGACAGAGUCCAUGGCCAAGCACUUUGUAGAGGAGAUACCAAUGCCAUAACUUGCCAAACUUGCGUCAAGGCCGCAGGUCAACGGCUUCUGGAGGCUUGCAACAGCAGAAGUGCAAUUAUAUGGUAUGAAUUAUGUCAAGUCCGAUACUCUAUCCAGUCAUUUUUCUCGAUGCAAGUUUACACUGGAAAGUAUGUGGACCGGGAAACUCAAGGGAAAAAUAUAUCCAAUCCAGAUCAUUUUAAUGAGGUUUUGAUGUAUCUAUUGAGAAAUAUCUCAAAUGAGGCUGCAUAUGAUGCUUCAAAGCUGAUGUUUGCAACUGGGGAAGUGAAAUUUUCGCAGGAGGAAACAAUAUAUGGUCUUGUACAGUGUACCAGGGACAUCAAAGAAGCUGAUUGUCUUAGUUGUUUGAAUCAAGCUUUUGGAGAUCUUCAUGGAUGCUGCUAUGCGAGUCAAGGUGGAAUUAUUCUCAGCAGAAAUUGCAACGUGAGAUAUGAGCUGUAUAGCUUUUACGAUGCCUCAGGAAAUUUAUUGACGUAUCCUACUUCAAAAGGGGAUAAAUGGCAGGGGUGGAUGAUUGCGCUUGCUGUGACUAUACCAACGCUUGUACUCAUGGUUCUCAUUGGGUCUUGCGUUGUCUAUCAGAGACAAAAAGGAGGACAAGAAGAUGAUGAGAAAAAAAGCCAGCUUGCAUUAUUACAGGAACUGGCAAGCCCUAAAGCGAUCUCGAUGACACAAGCAAGUGAGUUGAUGAGUUCUGAGGAACUACCUUUCUUGGAUCUAUCUAUUAUAAGGGCAGCUACAGACAACUUUGCAGAUACAAAUAAGCUUGGGCAAGGUGGGUUUGGCUCUGUGUACAAGGGUGUGUUACCAGAUGGAAAGGAAAUAGCAGUUAAAAGGUUGUCAAGGAAGUCAUGGCAAGGGUUAGAGGAGUUCAAGAAUGAAAUCAUACUAAUUGCAAAACUUCAACACAGAAACCUUGUCAGGCUAGUGGGAUGGGGCAUAGAAGAAGAGGAGAAACUGCUCAUAUAUGAGUUCAUGCCCAACAAGAGUCUUGAUUUCCUUAUUUUUGAUUCUGAAAGACGCACACAAGUUGAUUGGAAGACGUAUUUCAACAUUAUUGGUGGAAUAGCAAGAGGACUUCUUUAUCUCCAUGAAGAUUCCAGGUUUAAAAUCAUUCACAGGGACUUAAAGCCUAGCAAUGUAUUAUUAGACCAUGAAAUGGUUGCCAAGAUUUCAGAUUUUGGCAUGGCAAGGAUUUUUGGUGAAAAUCAGAACACAUAUAUUACUAGAAGAGUUGCAGGAACAUUUGGAUAUAUGUCUCCAGAGUAUGCAAUGGAGGGACUCUUCUCUAUAAAAUCUGAUGUUUUCAGUUUUGGAGUUAUAAUACUAGAGAUUAUAAGUGGAAAGAAAAAUAGUGGCUUUUACCUCACAGAACUUGCCCCAAAUCUCUUAGCAUAUGCAUGGCGAUUAUGGAAUGAAGGAAAAGAACUGGAAUUUAUAGAUCCUUUAUUGAUGGAAACAACUCCAAUAGAAGAAGUUGUGAGGUGCUUACAUAUUGGACUUUUAUGCAUACAAGAAGAUCCAGAAGAUAGACCUACCAUGUCAUUUGUACUUGUACUAUUGGGAGGUGAACCAAUUGAUCUUCCUGAGCCAAAACCACCUGCAUUUUUUACAAGUAAAAUGGUUUCAGUUAAUAGGCCUUUGACAACUGAUCCUUCUGUGGAUCAGAUAGAUUCUAUUAUCUUACCAAGAUAAACAUUGAUGACAUGAAUGAUUUGUUGGUGUAGCAGGAUAGUGAAUCAAUUAUACACUAAUGUUUUUCUUUUCAAAAUUUUUGUUUGAUGAGGUCAGCUAACCAGUACUCAUCAGAUAAUACUUCUUUCUUCUUUCUUUUCAUGGAGAUGAGGCAUUAGUUGUUGGACAUACUUGUAGAGAAGGCACUUUAUGUGUAUAAAACAUUUAAGUGCUUCAAUAAGUGUUGUGCCAUUGGUCC